AUCUGGGAACACACUAUACAUACCCACGAAUAUACCUGAACCGUAAUUGUAUUUAUUUGUCAUUUUAUUAUAAAAAUUGUUUUAAGUGGAAUAAAAUAUUAUUGAUAUAAAAGAUCAAUUCAGCUGAUUGCUUCUAAUAAACAGAAGGAAAUAAAAGAAAAUGAACCCGAGUGAAGUAGAAUUUUUAGGAGAAAAACAUUUAGUUAGUAUUGUUCCAAACUUUACAUUCAAUGUAAUUCACUUAAUUUCUGGCCCAAUAGGGCCAUUUCGAGCUGGUUUACCCAUAAAAGUUCCUAUUUGGGUAGCUUUGAAUCUCAAACAACAACAGAAAUGCAAAAUUGUUCAUCAAGAAUGGAUGAACACAGAAAAACUUCAAUCAGUUUUGGAGGAAGAAAAAGUUAACAAACUUUUUACUAAAAUGCCAAGUAGCCAUUACAUGGAUGAAUCUCAUUUAGUACUUACCCAUGCUCCUGAUGAUAUUCCUGAUGUUGAUAAUGUUAGAACAGCCAUAAAGGAUAUUUGGGACUUACGAAUGUCGAAGUUGCGUAGCUCUAUUAUUAAUUUUGUACAAACAGAACCAACUAGAACAUAUGCAAAAUUAGAUCACCUUACUGAAUUAGAAAUUUGUAGUGUGCGUUCUCUUUUGCCUGAUGCUUUAGAUAUAAUACUUUACAUGGAUAAAAGAUGUGAUAAAUCACAAGGUGAUACUGCAUAGUCAAUAAGAACUACAUUUUCAUAUUAUAGUUUAAUUAAUAAAAUUAAAGUAAUCUAUUUUUACCGAUUUCAAGAAGAAGAAGGUAUUACAAUUUGCCUAAUGUUUUUUUUAUGUAUGCGAUUAUCUCCAAAAUACUUUAAUUGAUUUCAUUGGGAAUAGUCUCAUUUGAAAUGGAUUGUUUUUGAUCCUAUUUGAUUAUUAACUUGCUUGAAGUAUUAAUCUGCAAAUAAUUGCAAUAAAUUAAAAUAAAAUCAUUCUUGUUUUACAAAUAAUGUUUUUUGUACAUGGUAGAAAUUGGUAAAAUAUACCAACAGAAUUUAUUAUCUAUAUAUCAAACUUGUGACUUUUAUUUUGCAUCCUAUCAGCUAUCAUAAUUUAGGUUAAUAGCAUAGGUCCUAAUUAAAAAGUAAUUUAAAUAGAACCAAUCAAUUGUUAAAUAGAUAAGACAAAGGGUCACGACAAAAACUUAGACGUAAAAAUUGUGCUAACUAUGUGAAUCGUUUUACGAGUACAUGAAUUUAUGAGACGAGGGUGUUAUAUUUUUUUAAAUAACUAGAAGUCUGCAUGCGAUGUAAACGUACGGUACAUCCACGAUAUAAAUUUUUAUUUUAUAAUUUGUUAUAUCUCUUAUAUUCUUGUAAGUAAAAUAAUAAA